AUGAAAGAUGCAACGUUAGCACCAACUUAUGCUAGUUUCGACUACAUAAUCAUCGGAGGAGGAACUUCAGGUUGUGCAUUAGCCGCAACGCUCUCUCAAAACGCUACCGUUUUGGUCCUCGAACGCGGCGGCUCUCCAUAUGAGAAUCCAACGGCCACGGACAUCGGCAACUUCGGUAACUCAGUCUUUAACAUCACACCGAACUCAUGGUCGCAGCUUUUCAUCUCCGAAGACGGCGUUUACAACACACGGCCACGCGUCCUCGGUGGAGGCUCGGUGCUAAACGCCGGAUUCUAUACACGUGCGAGUAAUGAUUACUUGGAGGAAGCUGAGUUGGAGAUGGAGGAAGUGAAAGCUGCUUACGAGUGGGUCGAGAGGAAACUUGUGUUCGAGCCACAUGUGAUGGAAUGGCAAUCUGCGUUUAUAGACGGGCUUCUUGAGAGUGGUGUGAAUCCGUACAACGGUUUUACGUACGAUCAUAUUUACGGGACGAAGAUCGGCGGUACGAUAUUUGACCGAGCCGGUCAUAGGCACUCGGCCGCGAAUCUGUUAGAGUAUGCGAAUCCGGACAACAUUGUUGUUUACUUGCAUGCUUCUGUCCAUAAGAUCCUCUUCACCACAACAGGUAGCAAGAGACCAAAAGCGUACAAAGUGAUAUAUCAAGAUGCGAAUGGAGUGCUCCACAAGGUAAAGCUAGCGGAUAAUGCAAUGAGUGAAGUAAUCUUGUCAGCUGGAGCCAUGGGUAGUCCCCAUCUCUUAAUGCUGAGCGGCGUUGGUCCUAAGGCUCAUCUUGCGGCUCACGGGGUUAAACCAGUGGUCUUAGACCACCCAAUGGUUGGGCAAGGAAUGUGCGAUAAUCCCAUGAAUCCUGUCUUUGUUCCUUCUCUUGAGCCCGUUGAAAUCUCCCUCAUACAAUCUGUUGGGAUCACAAAGUUUGGUAAUUACAUUGAAGGAGGAAGUGGCGUGAGUCUCUCUUAUGAUUUGACCCGUACGUUUUUCGAUGGUGUUUUGAAUCUUUUCAACGAGACAAGCCGUACUACAUCUAGGCAAAUCCUGACCCAAUCCAUUACAACCUUUUUAGAAUCCAUGGAUCUUGGAUUUAAGGGGAAGAUAAGUACGAAUGGGAUUGUCCAAAAAGUCGCGGGACCGGCUUCGAGAGGUCACAUGGAGCUCAAGAACACGAAUCCCGACGAUAACCCAUCUGUGACGUUCAAUUACUAUCAAGAACCAGAAGAUUUGAACAAGUGUGUUAAAGGACUUAACAUCGUUAUGAAUGUCAUAAACUCCAAGGCCUUCUCUAAGUACAAGCCCAUAGGUGUGACCGCACGUGAGCUGCUUAAUCUCAUACUGAGCCUUCCUGGUAAUCUAAGGCCGAGGCACGUGUCCUCAACAUUCGACUUGAAGCAGUAUUGCAUAGACACCGUGAUGACUAUGUAUCAUUACCACGGAGGUUGCCAAGUUGGAAAAGUUGUUGACAAGAAUUACAAAGUUUUAGGUAUUGAUUCUUUGAGGGUUAUCGAUGGAUCCACGUUUCUCAAGUCUCCUGGAACUAAUCCUCAGGCUACGGUUAUGAUGCUCGGAAGGUACAUGGGACAGAAGAUUCUACGAGCGAGGGCAGAUUUUCGUGGAAAUUAG